UUGAAUAAAACAAAGUAUGCAUAAAAGUUAAUAAAUGUAAUUUUAUUACUAAAUUGUUAUUACAUUUAAUUUAUUAUUAAAAGAAAAAAAAGCCUUUUGAAAGGGAUUUUUAAAUGAAAAAAAUAUUACUGAUUUUCGCAAACAAUGCAUUUGAAUACCAUAACUAAAUAUAAAAAAUAAAAUUUCAUAAAAAAUAUAAAUAAACGACAAUUUUGUGAGUUCGUAUUUAUGACUAGAUCAACUUCUGCCUGUGAAGGGCGGGGCGUCUGUGACUCCGCCCCCUGUGUGCAAAACACGCAAGGCGGAAGUGUCGCUACUCCAAAAUCAAAACACCGCCCGACAGCGCUUUGUCCGCAAGGAACAUCCGUUUGAGAAAAUGUUUGCCCUAGCGACUAAAAACUUUGUGGAUGAAGUGGAUAAAAAGGGUGAGUUAAUCCCAGUUUCCAGUCGGAAUCAUGACAUUCACCUCCUGACCGUGGUGGUGAAGCACAACCGACACUGGUUCUGGCAGAAGCCCAAGUACAUUCCAACUGAUUUUGGACUCAAUGAUGUGCUGGCAGGAGACAACCCGAUAAAACCAGAUGUGACGGAGACAGACUUCCUCAAUUACAGCGGAACAAUUUCUGACUCAAAAAAAGCAGCCGUCGAUGCUCAAUUGACCAGUGCCGGAACCCGCAGCAUCGGAGGAACAGAAUGCUCCACACUGAAGUCCAGCUUUGGGAAGUUGAAGAAAGAGGAGGUGGAGUUACAGAAACUGCUAAACGACUUAAAGGACAGGGUUCUGGAUAUGUCCCAUGUUCUGAUCCGCCAGACCAUGAAGAAGCACAAAACUGUUCUGGGGAUUGUGAAGGAGCGCAUUCUAACCACGAUGUUGAGCUCAGUGGUUGAAGAAGAGGAGCGGAGUGGACAGUGUGGGGGGAGCCUGAGCUUAUUUGGCUCCCUGAGCAAGAAGGUUUCACUAAAGGACAAUGCAAGCUUGACCAAAGACAGUAAUGUCACCAUUGAAAUUCCCAUCGCUACCACAUUAGCUUAUAGUGUGUCAGAGCUGGUGGUCCACCAGGGUGGGCAGUUCGUUCUGUGUGUAACGAGUGACACAGAUGGAGGAUUUGAAAUUGACUCUGUAGCUGGCUCAGAAUCAUCUGAAAGAGACCUCCAGAAAGAGCUGGAGUCUCUGGAGAAUCAUUUCCACACGCUGUCAGCUCUCCCUGCACCCAAGAGGUCAUCUCUUCUCCAAAAAAUCUCCGAACUCAUGCAGACCCCGCUAGCCGUCGGAGCUCUCCAGAAUGCACUGGAUCAGGUGCAUGGGGAUCAGAAGCCUGACUUGAGUGAAUCCGGUCUGGAGGAGUCUCAACGAAACGCCAUCGAAGCGGUCCUCGACCUGCUGGGGAAAUGUGAUGAAGCAGCCUCUGUCCUCUCUGCCUUCCAUCUCAUCACCAGCGCUUUGGAGGAGAUGCCCUGCGAUUGUCUCGCUAUUUUAAGAACGUCAAUCGACCUCAAAGUGCUGCAAACCCUGGAACUACUGGUGCAGUGUGUGUCUGGAAGCAGGAAGACGCCUUUGAGCAGUCUGGAGCUGGAGGCAGACAUCUAUAAAGAGACCAAACAUCUGUUUGAGUCCAUGAACGUGUCCCUGAAUAAUGAGGAUGGGCUGUUCGCUAAAGUGAAGCCUCAGGCGGGACACCUCCCCCUGAUCCUGUGCAUCAGCAUCCGAGGUCUAGCCUCAUUGGCCAGUGAUGCAAAGUCAAACUGAGCAUCAAUGUAUAUUUUAUACCAAUGACUGGUGCUUAUUACUUACUGACAUUAUAUUCUGUGGUACAAUUUAUGACAUUUUGUGAUGUUAAUGUAAAAAUAUUCGAAUAUUUCAUACAAAUUU